UUACUGUAACUUCCAGCGUAACUAAAGGGAACAUUUGUUUCAAUGGAUCUGUCUCAGUAAAUAGGAUCAGGCGCGGUGUGCGUGCCCUUAGAGACCGUUGUCAGGGAAGGAGGAAGAGGAGGCGGAGGGAAGAGGGAAGAGGAAGAAGCAGCUGCAACAUGGCGGAGGCAGAGAUCGUAGAGGGAUGCAGACUACCUGUUCUACGCAAAAACCAGGAUAACGAAGUAGAAUGGCCACUGGCGGAAAUCCUGAGUGUCAAGGACCUGAGUGGGAAGAAGCUCUUUUAUGUUCAUUAUAUAGACUUUAACAAGAGGUUAGAUGAGUGGGUCACUCAUGACCGCUUGGACCUAAAGAAAAUUCAAUUUCCAAAAAAAGAAGCAAAAACGCCAACAAAGAAUGGGCUGUCUGGAUCUCGACCAAGUUCACCAGAACGAGAAGUGGUAAGCUUCUCAAGCAUUCCCUUACCCCAACAAAAUUCUAUAGCACUUACCAAGCAGGUGCAGAGGAAGAUUCCUGAACUUAUCCUGCCUCCAGUUACUGCUCCUGCAGGAGGAGGGAAAUCACUCCCUGUGCCGAAAAGGAAAGUAGAAGUGGUAUCGCCAGCAACUCCUGUUCCACCAACUCCAGAGACCACCCAGGCCUCUGUCUUCCCACAGAAUGGAGCAGCACGCAGGCCUAGUGCCCCCACUGUACCAGCUGGACGGAAGCGAAAGUCAAAUAGCCUGAGUGCAGAUGAGAGACGCUGGUCUGUUCCGAUCCCUUCUCCCGGGCCAAGAUUUGUGGCGCCCGGCCCCACCCAAGAGGAUGCUGCUGCCCCUAUAUCUGAAUUUAUGGGUUCCCCGGAAGAGGAUUCUCAGGACAGCUCCGAUGGUAUCCCCUCUGCUCCUCGAAUGACAGGAAGCUUGGUUUCUGAUCGUAGCCAUGAUGACAUCAUUACUCGAAUGAAGAACAUUGAGUGCAUUGAGUUGGGCCGCCAUCGCCUCAAGCCUUGGUAUUUCUCUCCAUACCCUCAGGAACUGACAGUACUGCCCGUCCUUUACCUUUGCGAGUUUUGUCUCAAAUACUUAAAAAGCCUUAAAUGUCUGCAGAGACAUUUGACCAAGUGUAACCUACGGCAUCCCCCUGGGAAUGAAAUCUACAGGAAAGGAACAAUCUCAUUCUUUGAGAUAGACGGACGCAAGAAUAAGAGUUAUUCUCAGAAUCUUUGCCUGCUGGCAAAGUGUUUUUUGGACCACAAGACCCUAUACUACGACACAGACCCAUUCCUCUUCUAUAUCAUGACUGAAUACGAUUCAAAAGGCUUCCAUAUUGUUGGCUACUUUUCCAAGGAGAAGGAAUCCACAGAGGACUACAAUGUGGCCUGUAUACUGACACUGCCUCCCUACCAGCGAAGAGGAUAUGGCAAACUUCUUAUUGAAUUCAGUUACGAGCUUUCAAAGGUGGAAGGGAAAACAGGAACCCCUGAAAAACCACUAUCUGAUCUAGGACUUCUCUCAUACCGUAGUUACUGGUCCCAGACAAUCUUAGAGAUUCUAAUGGAACUGAAGUCAGAGACUGGAGAGAGACCACAAAUUACUAUAAAUGAUAUCAGCGAACUCACGAGUAUUAAGAAAGAAGAUGUUAUAUCCACAUUACAGUACUUGAACCUUAUCAACUACUAUAAGGGACAAUACAUCCUGACAUUAUCAGAAGAUAUUGUGGAAGGUCAUGAUCGAGCCAUGCUCAAGAGAGUGCUGAGGAUAGAUUCUAAAUGUUUGCACUUUACUCCCAAGGACUGGAGCAAAAGGGGAAAGUGGUAGAGUAGCAUGGUUUUAGACAGGCAGGAUAUGAGGGCAAGAAGCAACGGAAAAUGCAAUGUGAAACAGGAAACCAGGUGGAAAAUACAAAUUAGGGCUUAUUUGAACCUACUCAUUGGUUUUUGUUUUAGAAGUAGGGUUUCUGGCAAUUGUAUUUAUGAAAGGCAUUGUGAAGUGAAACGGUCAUGGUUUUUCCCUUUUAGAUAUAAUAGCUCUCAAGGCUGUAAAUAUAUGAUCUAUUAUCAGUUAUAUAUUUGUGCUGUAGGACCUGUUAUAGGGGUACUCACCUGCUACUCCUUGCGCCAGUGCCACCAUUCUCAGGGUAGGUGGAUGUUACACUGUUGUAACACCCACCCUCUGCUGGUGUUGUUGGAACUGCCAUGCUGACUUUACUUCCUGCAAUACAGUGUCGGUUCAUCCUAUUACUCCUGUUGCAAGAAGGAAUAGAAUGAAAGAAGCUAAGCAAAUUUUCCUUCUCUCCCCUGCCAUUCACUUUUUUUUUUUUUUUUACACAUAAAUGCCAUUAAGGUCUAAGGCAGAGAAUUGUUUGGGGAAGAGACAGAACUUGAACCGGCAUUACAUUAUAAUCUGUUUACUAGCACAAUAUCUAUCGAUGUAAUGUUUGAGCAAUUAAACCAAAGUUGUGUAUUUCAUGGCUGGUAUUGUAACUAAAAGUCAAUUUUUCAAUAGACAAAUUACUUUAACUCUUAAACCCACAUGAUUAGUGUUAACAUGCAGAUAUUUAUUUGAAUCCUAGUCUCAGUAAAUGUCCAAUUCUCUACCAACUGUAGUUGCUUCAUUCAAAUAAGCCCUUAUUUCACACUGGUUUUAGCUUGCUGUAAGAAAAGUAAAAUUAACAACAAGUACAUGGAAGAGAUGACAAGACUGUUACAAGGUAUUCCAAUUUUGUCACUUCCGAUGCUGAAAAUGUGGAUUCUGAGCAGGAAGUGUGGACAGUAUCACCCAGUGUAAUUAGAAACUGUAAAUACAAGUGUUUUUAUAUCA